UCAGCACAGUAACCGUCUAACCCUUGCUCAAUGUUGCGCGUGCGGGUACAGCUAGGAGAUGAAUAUCGGAGGUUUUAUAUCACUCGCGGAUUGGCAACACGAAAGAACCUCGAGUCUAAAGCAAGAUGGCUGUUUGACCUGGAGGACGACGAACCAUAUGUAGUUGAAGUACAAAGUCACAACACUAGACGACAACAGUCUAUAUUGUCAGAGCGAGCGGCCGGAGGAAUGGUAUCUCAUGCUUGUGUAGCACAGGGAAGCGAAGGGCAGCAAGAGCUGCCUGAUGAUCAGGAUCAUAUCUGCCUUAAACUUGCUCCUUAUCAAAACAUAUCCAAUCGAGUGGAGCCAGCCAAGACAUCAACACAACAGACCUUUCAAGCAGAAAAUGUCCAACAGCGACUGCUGCAAGAAAAGGCACAACAACAGCAACUCAUGAUGGAUGUACUGUGCGAUCUGACACACUUUGUUUGCACACGCAAUGGCGAAGGUGUGCGAUCGUGGAUGUCAGAACAAAAGAAGCUUUUAUCUGAAAACUCGACAGAUGUACCAUGUGUUGAUUCUGUGGAUGCUGCAACAGACAUAUCCCCCACUCUUUUUGAUCAGUUAUCAGAGCCAUAAUAAAAUGUUUGGGAUUUAUAU